AUGUCACGCACUCGCACUUUGGAAGCCCGCGCGUUUCUCAACGUGGCGGCGGAAGCUCCGGUGUCGACGGAGCCAAUGCAUCUCGCGCCUGGCAGCUCCUCGCUAAGCCCCGAGUGUGUUGCGGAGCUGCAAGUCCGCCUUCAGGAAACCGCCCGUUGUGUACGAUCCACAGGAACCGUUAAUCCUAAGAAGGAGCCCUCUGUGUACGUUGGGGCCCCAGGUAUUGCCUUUGCCUUUUUAAAGCUAGCCACGAUCCAGACAGGAGAGCAGAGAGAGACGUCUCUUGCAACCGCAUCCCGGCUGCUCAGUCCCGAGGUUUUGGAUGCGGGACUCCAGCAUGCGACAAGACAUCCUUCGCUCGGGCCGAGCCUGCUUUCCGGUCCCGCCGGAUUCUUCCUAGUGCUUGCCCUGCAGGCGUGGAAGCCGAGUACUCCGCUCGCUUCUCAGCCUGCUGCGUACCGCAGUGCUGUGCAGUCUUACGAGAGCUACGCCAACUUCGCGAUCCAUGAGCUCGACUCCGAUGAGUGGCUUUAUGGACGCGCGGGGUACCUCUACGGCUGCUUGUUUUUGAAUCACCUCGUCCCCGGUUCAGUCCCAGAGUCAGUGAUCAAUCAGACUGCCAAAACAAUUCUCGAAUCUGGGGCGGCUUACGGGCGCGAGACGGGCCUCAGCCCGCUCAUGUACGUGUGGCAUGACAAGCAGUACAUUGGCGCAGCGCAUGGAGUCAUAGGGAUAGUGUACAUGUUGAUGUUAGUGGACUCUGUGCGCCGCGACCCGAACGCGAUGCGGCUGGUGAAGGGAACGCUAGACUGGCUGCUCACGCUCGAAACAAAAAACCACAACUGGCCAGCCGUUGUAGGCGGCGCAGACGACUAUCUUUGUCACUUCUGCCACGGGGCGAGCGGCGCCGUGUUUGCUUUCGGCGUUGGGAGCAUCGUGUUCAACAAUCGCGAGUACCAGAAAGCCGCGCUCCGGGCUGCUGACUGCGUGUGGAGAUACGGGCUGUUGAAGAAGGGCCCUGGUAUAUGUCACGGAAUCUCAGGAAGCGGGUACGCUUUGCUGAUGGCGUACAAGCUCACUCGCGACCCCAUCUGGCUUGACAGAGCGGCCGACUUUGCGCUCAAGAUGUUCGACGAAAAGCUGCAAGCGGACAGUAGAGUGCCGGACAGUCCGUUCAGCCUCUUUGAGGGGCUGGCCGGCGCCAUGUGUUUAUUGGUGGACCUGCUGAAGGAUCCUCUCAAAUCCGCCUUCCCUUUCUUCGAGCUCGGGUUUUGA